UUUCCCAGCUCUAAUACCUGGAACGGCCGCCAAAACGCGUACUUUAGUGACGCCGUGCAAAAAAAAACAGGAUCAAAAUGUUGGCGGGCGUACUCAUCGAGAUUCGCCCCUAUCUAAACUGUGGCCAAGUGUAUAUCCAGCUGCAUCGCAAUGCCAGCGACGCCCGCAGCAUGCGCGUCUUCAUCAUGGAGCAGAGAAUCUACAUUGAUGCUGCCGACCGAGUAAUGGGAAAAAGCAGCGACACCGAGAUCAUGCGUGUAAACGAGUUCGAUAUGGAUCUCGGCCGCCUGUCGGGCUUCUUAUUGAGUGGCAAAAACAUGAGCUUUCGCUUUAGUUUCAACAAUAUAACCAUGGCUGCCCUCGACAAACGCACGGUAAGGGUCCUCAUGCAGCCGCUACUCCUUAGAUGCCGCGAGAAUGAAUCCCUGGCGAUCCAAUGCGUGGGCUGCCAGGCAGAGGUCGCACCGCUGCGCAUCUACACGCGCAUGCGUGAGUUUCCCAAUUGCAUUGUGGAUCCGAAUGAGUUCUUUUGUCACGGUCACGGCCAUGGAAAUGAAACGGGGCGCCCGGACAGGCCCUACAGCCUGUUGCCAGGCGAGAGAGACCUCUUCUACGGGCUGAACAACGUGAUCAUACGGAUGGUAAAUCUGGCCAACAUUGUGCAGCGUGGCGAACACUUGCAUUGCCAGCGCUGCAUGCGUUUCCUGGGCAUGGCCAUCUUCAAUGGUGAAGCGGCCAGACUGUGGGCCGAUGCCGUCCGCUGGCUGCCGUCGGCUCAGAAAUCAGACGUACUGCCGCCAGCCAGUCGUCACUUCUUUCAGUUCUCCACUAUGACGGAGCUGGUGUUGCGCCUGUUCAACACCCUGUGGCCCCAUGUGCUGCCAUCGAUAAACCUGACGGGCAGCCGCGCCGUGCUGUUCGCCUCUCCCACUUCGCAGCGAAAGCAGUAUAUGCUCUUGCGUGUGGUGGAGCCGCAGCUGAGAGUGCUGCGUCGCAUCAAUUGCAAGGCGCCCGAGCUGCGCGGCUACUAUGCCAUCAAGCUGAGCUACGGCAUCGUCGAGGACUGCGAGGCGGAGCCGCCGGCUGUGCAGCGCUGGCAGGCCCACCAGGAUGUCUCUCAGUUUGAAAUCUCCCCCGAAAUGUUCAUGGAGCUGCGCCAGCGCCUCGAACAUAACGCCGAGUACCAACCCAAGGAGUGGCGCCACAAUGUGAUGGCAGAAAAUCUCGUCGUUACUUACUUCAUCUACGAGAACGAGGCUCAGCCGGGCAGCGUCAAAAUGGCUCCGCCAAAGAUACCCUGCACAGAGGCACACAGCAGCGACAGCGAUGACGAACAGUCGGAUCCGGGCAGCGUGACUUCCGGCCGCAAGCGCAGCCCACGACUCAGACGUGCCAUGUCCCUGCCGAGCGUGCUCGAUGGAGAGUCCAACCGUAAGCGUCUGCUCAAGUGGCUGCUGGAGUCGCGCCUGAAUCUGGCCAAGAAUAAGUCUGGCCGCCAGCGCUUAGCCGAGUUGGAGCCGAAUCCGAGCCAGGAUCGUUUGCCAGACGACGCUUCCUCAAACUAAUUCUCGUAACAUUAUUUUUUCAGACAGAGAGGCAGAGCAGAGCUUCUGUUACUCUAUUUUUGUUUGCUUUUUUUUGUUCUUAAAGCUGAAUUUUUUUAAUUUGUUAUAUUUGACGCAUUUAUUUAACCUUUACAAACGUUUUUCUCAACAAGUAUUAGCUAGAGGAAGAGUACUGGAAGUGGAAGUUAUGCUAGUCCAGCUAGUGCAGUGCGUUUCAUGGCCAUACAACCAGUGGCUGUGAUUCCUGGAUAUAUUUUCGUUGUUAUUUUUUCAUGUUUUUUUUUUUUUUGAAUGCAUGUCCAUUCAUGUCUCCUAACGCUGUGAAACGCACUGUACCAUGCAUCAAAUUUAUAUAUUUGAUGAAAAACCACAAAAUAAAAAUACUUAAGUUAAUCGA